AUGAGAAACCACACAGUGAUUACAGAGUUUGUACUCUUGGGCAUAUCAGACAACCCAGAGCUUCAGGUUGUAAUUUUUAUCUUUUUAUUUCUGGCUUAUGUAUUAAGUGUGGCUGGAAACCUCACCAUCAUCAUCCUUACUUUAUCAGACUGUCAUCUAAAGACUCCUAUGUAUUACUUCCUUCGGAACUUCUCCUUCUUAGAAAUUACAUUCACCAGUGUUUCGAUCCCCAGGUUUUUGGGGGCAAUCAUUACUAAAGUCAAGACCAUUUCCUUUAACAAUUGUUUAGCUCAGUUAUUUUUCUUCAUCUCCAUGGGUGUGUCUGAAUUUUUUCUCCUAACUGCCAUGUCUUAUGAUCGUUAUGUUGCCAUCUGCAAACCUCUCCAUUACACCACCAUCAUGAACAAGAAAAUCUGUACCCUGCUCAUCUUCAGUUCGUGGCUAGGAGGAUUUCUUACCAUCUUCCCACUACUCAUGCUUAUCCUCCAGUUAGAUUUCUGUGCUUCCAAUGUAAUUGAUCACUUCUCUUGUGACUAUUUCCCCAUUUUACAACUCUCAUGCUCAGAUACGUGGUUUUUAGAGACGACCGGCUUUUACUUUGCUUUUGUGACUCUGCUCUUCACUUUGUCCUUAGUGAUUCUGUCCUAUGUGUGCAUAAUUAGCACCAUUCUGAGAAUCCCGUCUGCCAGUCAGAGGAAAAAGGCUUUCUCCACGUGUUCCUCUCACAUGAUUGUCAUUUCCAUCUCUUAUGGAAGUUGUAUAUUCAUGUAUGUCAAGCCUUCAGCAAAAGAAAGAGCUUCACUGACCAAAGGAGUAGCUAUUCUUAACACUUCAAUUGCCCCCAUGUUAAACCCUUUUAUUUACACUCUGAGGAACCAGCAAGUAAAACAAGCUUUCAAAAACUUGGUUUAUAAAGUAAUGUUUUCUAGAAAUGAAUAA